CUUCCUCUGGGCCGAUCUGAUUUCUCCGGGAGCGUGGUUUAAGGCACACUCAGGAGAAAUCGCCUUCUGUGGAGCAGGGGCACAACCCCUCUGUGGCUGUGCACACCAAGAGCUCUUCUCUUUGCGGGGGUGAGAAAACCCACUGGCUUAUUGAUUUUCUGCGGAAACAUCAGCCGGCAGUGAAGAGCAAAGGGAGCAACUUUUGGGGUCUACAGGGUCCCCGUGGGGCGGCAGGGAGGUGGCAUCCAUGUGAGCCUCCAUCCUCACCCCACUGGAGAGACCAGGCAGGAGCCGGGGAGCCUCACAGACCCAAAGGCCAGCAGAGCGAGCACAGAAGGCAGAAGCGGCCACCUGGCCCCAUGUCAUGGGACACAGGGCAGCACGGGGCCCCUGGGCUCCCCAGGGGCACACUGCAGAAAUCAGCGUCGAUGUACACAGAAAUACAGCACUCUGACAGUGGGAGCAUCCUGACUCACCCGGACUGCAUAGAUGGGAACCCAGACCUGAUCAAACCUAAAAAGCUUCUCAACCCUGUCAAAGCCUCCAAGAGCCAUCAGGAGCUGCAUCGAGAGCUGCUGAUGAACCACAAGAGAGGCUUGAGUGUAGACAGCAAGCCAGAGUUGCAGAGGGUUCUUGAGCACCGACGGCGAAACCAGGUCCUCAGGCAGAAGAAAGAAGAGGAAGAGGCCAAGAAGUUGCAGUCUCCCUUUGAAAAAGAGCUACUGAAGAGGCACCAGCGACUGGAUCAGCUAGAGAAAGAGCGGGAGAAGCAGGAAGACCGUGCACCAGAAUUCAUUAAAGUCAAAGAAAAUCUGAGAAGAACAUCAACGGUGACUGGAGAAGAAAAAGCAGCGUAGCUUCUGCCAAAACCUACCAAGGCUGAUGCUUCUGUACAUGGUGGACACUCACAGCCACAUCUUUGGGGCUACUCAUGUCAUUAACACUUGCUCCAGUAGAAGGCACAAAAAAGGUUUUCCUUUCCCAGGAAGGUCUCAUGAUCAAAAAGGUGCAGUAUUCACUGAAGAGGUCCUCACACGAGGUGAUGCAGAGCAAAGCAAUGUCCCUUUCCUCCCUAGUGGUGGGAGCACACUAACCUCCAGCUAACUCCUGGUUAAUCCUCACGAUGCGGCCAAGGUGUGAGCCAGGGGAGUCAGCAGAGGGAUGGGCAUUGCCAUGGGCUGGGGGACCUGCAUCCCCUGGAGGUGGGCUCACCAAGCAGGGCAGCAGGAGGCUGCAGCUUUGGAAAUCUCCUGGCAAAUAAGCAUGGUGACUAAAGGGACAAUCUACGUAUCACUGGGAACAGUCCAAGGGUUAGUGGCAUUGCAGCACCACACAAGACAAACAGUGCCAUCACACUGCGAGAAAAAUCAACUCCUGAGUGCCCACACCAGCUCAGCAUUGGAAGGCCAGGUGUCACUUGUUCUUCACGAGCAUCUUUAAGCUGCAUUUCAAACCUGCUUGUAAAUAGCUGUUGAGCUGUUUGCCCUGUUCCAUGCUUAGGCAUAAAAUACACAGAACUUCCCAUGAAAGCCCCCGGUGAGAGGCAAAUGCUCCAUGCAGGAAUCUGGGGGCUCAGCAUGGGUGUAAGUGGAAGCACGCAGUGAGCAGUCAGCAGGCUCCUGUGGAUCUGGCAAAGAGAAGCAGAGAUGAACUGCUUUGCACCUCCCUGCUGAGCCUCAGCCCCACACUCUGGACAUGUGCUACUAUAGUGGUCAGCAAAACCCGUCCUAGGAUGCCAUGCUGAUGUCAGGAUGCUGGCAGGGGUCACAGCUGGCACCAGCACGUGUUGUGGGCUACAGGGCACGGAGGUACUGCUGCAAAGCUGCUUCUCAGUGCUCCUCAUCCCUUCUUCCAGAGGACAGUGCUGCCUCACGCCAGUUGCCAUGUCACAAAGGUAAACAUCUUCUUGCUGCUGACAGAGCAAAGCUGAAAUAGAUGGUGCCUUUGCACCAUGGAUGGCUGGAGCACAUCACAUUUACGGGGCACUCAUGCUCUGAGAUGUUCACAUGUAGAGCUAAAAUCGCUUCUAGAUCCCAGCUUCUCUCAGUCUUGCUACAAAGCCUCAACAGCAAAACUCACUGAUUGCCUUCAAACACUGGCUCUUAAACAGCAAGAAUUAACAGGCAUGGUCAGCUGGGAAGGUGAUACCUAGUUAAACAGUGUCCACCAUCCACAUGUUCAGUGGAUCCAUAUGUGAAUUAAGGGAAAAGGAGCAUUUAUCACAUCUUUAUCAAGGAGCUACUAACCCAUUCCCCAGACCCUCUGGCCCAGCAGGGUGUUUCAUUUCAGAGGAUGCUGCUCAGCUUGGCAGCUCAAGUAAAGCACCUGAGCCAUAUCACACAUCAUGAGCAGCAGUACAGGUAUGGGGCCUCUGGACAGCACUACAUCUCAAAACUCUUGGCCUGGUCUCAGCCCCUGGGAGCCCUGUCUCACAGCACUGCCCCUUUGGCAGCUCUUAGCCUCUCACCCAUCAUGCUCUAAAGAGUCUGUUAUUUCAGAAAUCCAGUGCAUACGGUCUUUAUGGAUCAAACAAGAUCUGACAGGAUUUGCUUCUUUUCAUAUAGCCUGUAAUUAAAACCAUGAGGAAGAAGCAGCAUUGAGGAUUUAUUCAGGCAGAAAAAAAAAGCCAAAUUCCUGUAAGAGAAAAAUAUUUUGCUAAGGAUACUUGUAAAGAGCUGCACAGAAUGCUUUACAAUACUCCAUCAAUUAUCAGUUUCAGUAACAAAUCAGAACAUACCGAGCUGUGUUUUUGUGAGCAGUUACGACACAGAUCAAGUAACCUUGAUCAAAGAGCUCCAAAAAAUUAAGCAAAUUAAUUUGUAAUUUUGCCACAGAUGGAAAUGCACUCCGGAAGAGACAAUCUGUCACUCCAUAUGCACCGGUGAAAUCAGCGCUAUCGGCACUCCUUGCCUGGGACAGGGGCACUUACAGAAGACCUUGGGUGGGAAGCUGAGUGCUCAGUGCAGGUGGAGAACAUUUGGCUGUUAUCUUCUUGAAUAUUUGGUAUUAUCUGAAAAAAAUCAAGGUGUUUUCCUUUCACCUGGUGUCCAUCAAGCAUGAAGAGGGGCUGCAGUGUGGGACUGCCGAGUGGCGUCAGGUGUCCAGAAGGGAAAGGGGUGUCCAAAUAGCACUGUCCUAACAAACACUAUACUAACAGAGCCCAAAGAAAUCCUUCCAGAUGUGGAGAAACAACAGAGUCCAAAACAGGCAGAGCAGAGAGGGCAAGACCCAACACUGCAGGACCCCAACAACCCCAGCGGAUGCUCCCAGCAAGAGAUUUUGGGAUAUCUUUGUGUGUCCUUUCCUUUUAAAUGAUUUCCUGAAUUUGGGUCCUAAGCCCCUAUGUCCCUAGAACAAGCUCCUAAAUAAACGUGGUUUAUCUGGAAGAUGCAGACGAUCAGAA